AUGGUGCGCAGUAGGAGCAUGUAUGUGCGGGUGAAGCGUGAGAAGCUGACUGUGUUCAUGCACGUGGACCCGACGGACAGCGUUGCAGUCCUGAAGGGCAAGCUUCAGGAGCUGCUUCAAAAGCCCGCGGAAGACCAGCGGCUUUACAAAGACGGCGUGUUGUUAGAGGACAACAAGAGCUUGGUGGAGCUCCAGGUGGAGUGUGACGAUGAGCUGGCGGUGGCAUACCUGACGCCAACAGAUGGCAUGCGGCAUGCAGGAAAUCACUUUGAGGCUGUGGCCGUGGAGCGGUUUGAUGCGGGUGUGCCCAAGGAUGAGGAAGUGUGA